AUGUCGUCUGCUCAGUUUCUAGAACUAAACGACGUGAACGAAGCUCCUGAAAACAAGCGUGAUAAGAAGCGGAGAGAUCUUGUCGAAAAGUUGAAUAAGCAAAGUGCAGAGAUCUACGAUAGGAGAGAUCUUAUCUUCUUAGAAGCACAUAAUGCUAUGACUGAUGUACACAAUCAUCUGCUAUCAACAUCUCCUACAAAUCCUUAUGAAUUCACGGCUGCACCAAGUACAGGCUCCUUAAUGACAUCUAGAGAACAAAAUCUCAGAUUAUACGAGCUUAGCUUAGAAAGGGAUGCUAUUUUGUCCGCUAUAAAACACACUUACGGAUAUGCUAUGGAUUCCGCUAAAUCUCUCUACGAGAUUGAACGUAGCAGGGUCGAGGAGGAAUACGACAGUGUACAACGCUCAAUCAAGACUAAACUAAUAGAUGCUAUUGAAGAGAAAAAGAGAAAACUUAAAGAAGAGAAAGACAUGGAAGUUGGUGUGGAAUCACUCCUAGAUGCAACUAACUUUUCAAGAUCGACGCGCACCAGUCGGAAUAGGAAGUCAGGGAAUGUGAGCUCUAGUGUAGGCGGCACUCCCUCCCAACAAGAUCCCAACGAAAGCGAAGCAACAGUGCCUUCUAGUAGCUAUCUCGGCGUUGCAUUCGAAGACAUACUUGGUUCAAGUUCUUUGAAUAGCGUCUUAGGUGGUAAAAAGAAGAAAACACCUGCAGGUCCUCCUGGUAUGACUGGACCGUUCUUAGGUCUAGGUAGAAGUAUUAACUCAGGCUUGACAGCUGCGAAGGAUAUUGAUGUUGAUACCGAUAUGAUGGAAAUUCGCAAGAAAAGAAGACGAAAGUAAAUUCACCACUCGGUUUAUUCCUUUCUUGAUCAAAAUUAUGUAGAGUAAAUAGCAAUGUAUAUUUU